UGAAAAAAGUAACUAGCAUCUCUUCCGUGCAUAACAACAGAUUUUGUUUACAAACAUUCGCUACAACUCAGCCGAUCCGUUCAGUUCCUUGAAAAUAUUGAUCCAAACUGAAGUGGUAUGGCCUUUUACUAGUGAAAAAUAAUCAAGUGACCAUUUGUAGCUUCUCCAGCACAAUCUAAUCAUGUCCAAUAGCAUUAUUAUUAGCAGAUUAAAAAAGCAACCUUCAUCACUGUAUAAUACGUGCGUUCGUUAUGUGGCCCGUAACCUGAAGCGAUACAAACACGAAUAUCUAGGCAUGUUACCGCCGAUGAUUAAAAAUGCAAUUAUAGUCAAUGUGACCCGUGUCCAGCGGGGAUUUCACAACGAUGAAUUGCUGGAGAUGCUAACGAAUCGGGCUCUUACUCGGAUUAACCUAUCCAGUUCGACCAUUACGAACCGGACGCUGAUUUCGCUGGCGGAAAAGUGUCCCAAACUUAAUAGCCUUACGCUUUCCAAGGGCGAGUAUCGUUUCACUCUAGUCGGACUGGAAGCGGUGGCCCGAAAUCUACUUCAGCUGCAGCAGAUUUCGGUGAAAAACUGCCCUUUCGUAAAUGACGCCUUAAUUGAACUGCUGGCUCAAAACUGUCCCAGGCUGGACCUAAUGGACUUUGAAGCUUGCCCGAACGUAACGGACCGCUCGGCGGAAUCGAUUAAAAGACUAAAGCUGACCAAGCUAAAUCUCUCCCGGACGAAUAUUUCCGACGUGUUUCUGAAGGCAAUAGCCGAGGAGCAGUGCGGUCGCACACUGGAAGAUCUGAACGUUGGGCACUGCAAGGUUACCGGUUCCGGACUGGUUCGGUUGCCCUGGGAUACCAUCAAGUACAUCGGAUUCGAGGGCUGCGAUAUUGAAGAUCUCGAGUUCAUCGAAAUGAGCAAAAACCUCAAAUACAUCCAGUGGACCAUAUCCAACUGAUGGUUAUUCCGCCAUGCAGAGUGGUCAUGCAAUAUUUAACCAACUGCAGCUAAGGCGCGUACUAAAUAGAUUUUAUUUACAAUAUGUAGCAACCGUCUGAGACGAUUCUGACAUACGGUACUUUUAUAGAUAAUCGUAUUUUUUAGAAGUAACUUCCUACUACACCAACGAUACACGAGCAAAUUUCUAAGCAAUUACUAUAAUACUAUUUUUUAGUAAAGAGUAUUUGUGUGACAGGAUUUAAUCGUGGUUUUGUUAGCUUUUGCAAAUUACGCGACCAGUGAAUUUACUUAAUGCUUAGCAAUAUUUACAUAUAUUUUUUUGUAUCGAAAUUGACCAUCGAAAAAUGUUAACGGAACUCUAAACGACGAAACAAAGCAGUGGCUUUUGCGAGGACCAAAACUUAAGCUUGACCAUGUUUGCCAACAAGUUUUAGGUAGCUCCAAAUAUCUAAUUUUCUUUCCAGUAUGCUUUGUCCGUUCUAAUUUUGAAAAAAAAUGAAUGCAUGUUUUAAAAAUUUGAACAUAACGAGAGCAAGUCACAGAACCUAGUAUCACAUGUUGCCCUUUUUUAUACAAUGUAAUAAAUAUGUUACAGAAUAAUGCCACAGUUAAAAGCAAACUGAAGAGGUGCGGCCAGUUUUUUACCCAAACCAACCAGUAUAAUGUCUAAAUAACAGUUUAAAACUAUACGGACCAGUUUCGAGGCGCAUUAGCGUCCUAACACUAGCUAACUAAUUCACCACUUAGCCGAUAAGCAAAAAGAAACACAUACCUUAGGCGUACAAAAGUGAUAAAUUCAGUAAAACGUUUAACUAAAGUUUUAAUUCACUAUAUUUGUAUACUCUAUAGAAUGUGAAUGAUUAACCAUUCAAGAUACCGCACAAGCAAAUUUGAAUUAGAUUACUUCUAUAAAGCAUUAUAGUGAAACCCAUAUACUAAAUUUUCCGUUGUAGAUGUUUGCUCAUACUCUCUGGUAGAUAGUUAAGCAACCAAUAAUACAUUGUGAUGUUUAAGCUAGAACUUUGGAACAACUCUGUACUAUUACCCUUUUACUGCUAAGUACUAAAAAUUAUAAACAAAGUAAAAUGAAACACCAUAAGAGUUAGAAGUGAACUACAACAUUUCUUGAGUGUAUUUUGGAUGGUAGUAUUCGAGUAUUUGCAGUAACAGUUGUACUCAUAGAUUUUUGAUUAUAUUCAUUCUCUUUCGGUUGGUAAGGAAGGGAAGGAUAAAAAAACAAUCCAUCCAUCCUACCAGCAAUGCUCACUUCCAACACGAGAUGAGAUGCGAUAACAAGAAGGAAGCAGCUAGAGCGGCCGGUUCCAACGGACAACAAUGUUGCUAUGAACAGACUGAAGAAUGAAUGGUAGACUGAAGAACUCUUUAUCAGUUGAACAAUGGACAAAAACAAUAUCGAUCACAUUUUGAUCGAUGGAAAAUUCUUCAGAAAUUACAAACGUGCGCUAAAAAUAUUGACGCUAUGCAAUAGGCGCAUUCGUUCCAGGCAUUACAACUAUAACAAAAAACCUGUGUGAUGUGACUUGUCUUGUAGAUUAUCGGAAGAACCAGAAGAACGACCUGUGUCCUACUGAGGUCUGGGUCAGUUGGCAUUAGGUCAUUUAGCGUAACGGACAUUUGGCAAAAUUUUGGAAGAUGAUCACACUGAAGGUCAUUCGGCAUAAAAUAACAUUUCGCAUAAUAUAUUUUAUCUCUAGGAUGACGGUCAUUCGGCAUAAUUUCUAAUUCUGCGUAAAGUGAGGGUCAUUUGGCAUAAUUUUGAGAAGUGAUCCAACUGGAGCUCAUUUGCCAUUUUUUUAUCUACAGGGAAACAGACAUUACUUUAGGCUGUUCGAGAAGUAAAUUAAUUCGGCAUACUUUUGAGUCGUGCUACUGCUGAAAGUCCAAAAUUAGUUUAUUCUUUACAAAUCAAUUAAUAACAUUAGCACCUAAUGUGAGCGUAGUCACAUAGCUUCUCGCGUGCUGUCCGACAUCGCUGUCCCUAUGUUUGAGUAAUUCGGGUAAACGAGUGGAUUAGAGAUGGGCAAUCCGAUUCAGUUUAGUGAGCCAAUCGUGUCCGGUUCACUCGAAAAAAAAAAGAAUCGACAUUUGAUGGAUUCAGUGAUUUAUUUGGGAAAAUUAAAGAAAUAUCUGUUUGAUUUUGAUCUGAAGUAGAUAUUUUGAUAAUAUAUAUAUACAAAUAAGUGUGCAUGUACAUUGCGUGUAUUUAUGUAUUUUUAUGUGAUUCAUGUCCACAGCCAACUCAAUCCAUUUGCUAGUAUCUUUUUAGGAUCAUCAUGCUUCAUUAGUUCGAUGUAGCGUAUUCAUUCAGUUAUUUUCGGUUCAAAUUAAAUUUCAGUUUCAAACUGUAUUUUGUUUCUGUUCUGGCUCUGAGUGGGAUUUUCGAGCAAAAAUGCAUCAGACAAUGAUUACGUAGUUCACUUAUGUGUGUAUGUGUACAAUCCAUUUCCCACUGUCCGGCAGUGCUUUUAUGGAAGAAACUUGUCUGCAUCCAUGUAAUGAUAUAUUUGUUUUCAUCGAUAGAUGUACACAUGUUUGGCCCUGGAAAUGAAAAGCGAUAGUUCUAUUGUACAUCCAACGACCCAUUUCAAGAAUGCCUGUUCCUACACGUACAUUCUGAGGCCGCCUUCAUAUACAAUAAACCCCGCGCGAAUACAUCCAAUACAUCAAUUCUCGACAAACAUAUGACUACUAGGGUGGGACAAAAAAUAGAUUCCAGCUCCGAGCAACUUUUUGGGUACCAUUUGGGUCCUAGAACAUCUGUGCAAAUUCUUAGCUUGAUCCCUGAAACUAUAUUUUCGCGCCCACUAUUUAAAGUUUACAUGGGAUUUUAUAUGGGAAAAUUCACUUUCACAAAAUAAUUCCUCCAGGAGUCGCCCAUUGCUUUUUAAAAAUAAACCGUUAUGUGGCUUUUGUAGGAAAUUUAACACAGAAACAAAGUCUCGAAAACUACGAAACGAUCUGACGCUUGAGAAAAAAGUUAUUAAGCUGAAACCAAUUGAUGCUCUGACGAUUGAUAAACUAUUCAUUGUUUCUAGCAUCACUGUUGUUGGUUGUCCAAUUAUAUGCAAUUUUGUUUUGAUCUUCUCUUAAUGUCUCCAAAUCAUUUUUCUAUACCGUCUGGCCACUUCGCAAGAGUUUUCAGGGAUAAAUUGAGUCUUCUUUUGUACAUAAUAAGAGAAAAUUAAAGAUUUUGUAUAUAAUUCGACCGUCAGCAGCAGUGAUGCUAUGAAAAGUAAAAUUUUCAUUAACCUUCAGGGCAUCAAUCGGUUUUUGCUUAAUAACUUUUUCCACAAGCAUCAGAUCGUUUCGUGGUCUUCUAGACUUUGUUUCCUUGACAAAUUUCCUAUAAAAAUCAUACAUCUAUUUAUUUUUAGGAGGUAACGGGUGACUCUUGGAAGAAUUAAUUUGCAAAAGACGUUUUACCCAUACGAAAUCCCAUGUAAACUUUAAACAGUGGGCAGAGUUGUUCUGGGAGCUAAAUGGGACCCAAAAAGUUACUCGGAGCGAAAUUUUAUUUUUUUUUUUCAUAUAACCAUGUCCCACUCUAAUGACUACGGUCUAAAAGCCAACUGUCAAAAUCCACUUUGAAUGGAAAUGCCGGACAAACCGUUACAUGCCAAUCACAGAUGGUGGUAGUAAACGAAAGAGAAAAGUUUUCUCUUUCAUAAACUGUUGUGAACUGUGUUCAGCUAGUAACGGUUUGUUCGGAAUUUCCGUUAAAAGUAGAUUUUGACAGUUGGCUUUUAGGCCGUAAUCAUAUGUUUGUCGAGAAUAGGAUAUUUGCAAUAUAUUCGCACUUCCAGAAUGAAAAAUAUGUUUGAUUCUGGCACGUAUUUACAAAAAGAAAAAUAUUUAUGAAGGUAGACAAGCAUUGAAAAAUGACAUGAAACGAUCUCACCAGCUCUGAAUAAAUAAAUUCAUCAGAUUUCUGUGAAGAAUUCUCCUCCAUCCGUGAAAUUGUUGCAUCAGCUACUCAGGUCCAGGCGGCGCUGCAGGCGCUAAGCGGAACGGACGGGCGUAUUUUUUCGUGUCUGCUUCACAUACUUCAAUGUCGAAGCUGUGACGACAAUUUUUAUGCAAACUCACGCAUUUCUCGCGAUAUUUCAACCUACUAACACGUAACUCAGCAGGAAAAACUAUCUACUAAACGAUUGACUUCAUUUUCCUGUUGAAUAUAUUGUAUAUCACUGAAAAACUUUGAAAAAUAUUGGACGCUAACGACAACACGUCCGGGCGAUUCGCCAGUGCUGCCACUUCCCAUGAUUACGUACACUGAAAAAAAUCCAAACGUUAAUUCUAUUUGCUUCAAACCGCUUAAAAUUCAUAUGAAGAAGAAAUGCUAUUGUUAUCACGCGCACACAUAGCUUCAAUGUGUCAACUGUAUAAACUAUGUAUGCACACACAUAAGUUAUAUGUGCAUAUUGUUAUAGAGUGGGGUUUUAUGUGUCUAAUAGUUAUGAAAUGUGAAUGUAAGAUUAAUAUUUCUUGUAAAUACACACAUUAGGUUUAUGUGCCAGCAAAUAGUGUCUAUAUGCCUCCGUUAAUUGCAAAAAUCUAUGUGUAAAAUCAAUAGGCAUAACGUUUACUUUUUUUUGAGUGUAGUUCACUCAUGCUCUAAAAUUGAAAGGAUGUCACAUUCUGCCUUUACAUAUAACAAAUGAAUGCUUUUGCUUGUGAACUAAUUUAUCUUUCCUCUGAACUGAGGGCAUACUUUUACAAAAAUUAUUCCGUUCCAAAUGUUGUAAUUUUACAUAUCCCUAAGUCGCUCAAAAGCAGAUUUUUUUAAACAAUCGCAAUUUUUUAACUUUUUCAAUGGCGCACUCAUUCUUUUCGAGAGUAAAUUCCUUUUAUCCAUUCGCGAUUCCCUCGUCCAUCUCUAGAGUGGAUCACAGGUUUGCUUGCGGCCAAUUACACUGGCUUCGCCCCUAGUACUAGAGCAGUGUAUUUAUUUAUUUAUCACGCACAUCAACAGGCCGUACUCGGCCCCAAUGAUGGAAACAUAAACUAAUUACAUCUAAAAAACUACAGGAAUCGAUUUCUUAAUGAUAUCCGAGACAAAUGAAAGUCGAACAGGUGCGACACACGAUUGAAGAGGCGUUGUAGUCCCGUGAUAGCGGCAUUAGCUGUUUGAAUAGUUCGUCGAAACGGCACUCUCAGAAGAACGUUUCCGCGUAACGUUCUGGACCUUGCUUGGAUGUUAACUCGCUCUAGUAAAUCUGGAGAAUCGAUGCGUCCUGACAGAAGAUCAGAGAUGAAUAAGGCUCUUGCAGUUUCUCUACGACGCUGGAGAGUAUCGAGCUGGAUGAGUUGACACCGACUCUCGUAGCUUGGUAGACGAACAGGAUCGCGCCAAGGCAGGCGUUGAAGAGCAUACCGUAUAAAUUUUCGUUGAACGCCUUCAAUUCGAUCGCUGCUGUUCAUGAAAUUCGGGUUCCAGACCGCCGAACAAUACUCCAGCGUGGAGCGCACUAAAGAGCAGUAUAGGCUUUUGAGACAAUAAAUGUCUGUAAAGGAUUUAGCCGUACGGAAAAUGAAGCCCAGGCUUCGCGAUGCUUUACCAACAACAUACGAAAUGUGAUUCUUAAAUGUAAGUUUCGAAUCUAACAGCACUCCAAGAUCCUUAACGCAGCUCAACCGGGAAACAAGAGCUCCAGACAAGUUAUAUUCAAACUCAAUGGGAUCUUUUUUUCUGGAGAACGAUAUCACAGAACAUUUCGCCGGAUUCAGAAUCAUUCGGUUGAUUUCACACCAUCUGCUGAAAGUGUCGAAUUGUUGCUGCAAAUAUUGUGCGUCCGUUCGGCUCCUAAUUCUGUUCAAAAUUUUUAGAUCAUCUGCAUACGACAACCGUGGUCCUUUCAGCUGAUAGUUUACAUCGUUGAAAUAGAGAGUGAAUAUAAAUGGUCCGAGAUGACUUCCUUGCGGAAUACCAGACGUUGCGGAGAACAGUUUGGAGUAUGCAUCACCUAUGUUCACACUGAGUUGACGGCCAACGAGAUAGGAUUGAAAUCAUCGCAGGAGUGAUCCACUGAAGCCAAGAUUUUCCAAUUUAGCGACUGCGAUUAAUUUUGUCGAAAGCUGCAGAUAAGUCAGUAUAUAUAACAUCAGUUUGUAUAUUCGCAUCGAACCCUUCGGACACAAAAGAGGUUAGAGGUAGUAGAUUCGUCGACGUAGAUCGAUUCGGCAUGAAUCCGUGUUGGUCUUUAGAAAUAUAUUCCUUACAGUGAAAAAACACUGACUCCACCACGACUAACUCAAAGAGCUUGGAAAUGGCACAGAGCGCAAAAAUUCCUCGAUAAUUGUCAAUGUUUCUCUUAUCACCUUUUUUGUGGGCAGGAAAGAUGAAAGCUGCUUUCUACAAUUGAGGAAAAAAUCGCGGUUGUCAGUGACAUUUUGAAUAGUUGAACAGAGUGGUUCCACCAAACCAGAUAUACACUUUUUCAAAAACACAGCAGGGACACCAUCUGGCCCAGGAGAUGACGAUGCUUUAAGCUUGGAUGCUGCUGAAACAAUAUCCGAGUGCUCAACACGAAUCUCACUCACUUACCGUUCGAGUUGGGCCACGCAUCUAGCUGCAACGUCAAUCUGCUGCGAGGACAGAGUCUCACUGACGAACACACUCGCAAAUUUAGAGGCGAUCAGUUUGCAUAUGGCUUGUGAAUCAUGCCCAACUUCACCAUUCAAAAACAUUGUAGAAGGUAAGCCGGUUUCUUUCCACUGCUCAUUGACGUAUCUCCAAAACGAUUUAGGAUCCGACCUAAGCUUACGUUGCAUUUUUCGUUGAUAGUUUGAAAACCAACCGAUGUAACAACCGAUGGUUCAAUAUAUGUAAAUUCAUUCAAUAAAUCAUCGUUUGCAAAACUUGGCAAUAUCCCGAAAUGAUAAAGUUAACUCGUCUGGAUCGAACGAAGCUUAAACUCACUGACGACCAUAAUAAUGAUAACCAAAACAAAAUAUUGCAGUUCUAAUGCGCUGCAUCACCAAAAUCAUGUAAAAUCUACAUACAUUAUGCUACAACGUAAUCCAUAGACAAACAAUCUAUAAUUGCAAAAAUGAACAACCACAAGAAAAGCGAAACUCAAAAGAUCUGCUCAUAUUCAAAAUCAGAUAUAAAGUGUAUUCACUCGAAAUAUAAUCAAUAUCAGGUAAUGGAAACAACACAUUAUUAUUAAUGCUUAGUGCAGCUUUAACCUUAUGCGUGCGCUGAUAAACUAUACACAUUCGUCUGUUAGUCCUAAACACCUUCAGUGAGAUCACUUAGCAAAAUUAUGCCAAAUGUCCGUUAUGACAAAUGACCGUUUUCCAGAAGUUCACAAUAAUUAUGCCAAAUGACCUACAGGUUGCUCACUUCUCAAAAUUAUGCCAAAUAUUCGUUAUACUAAACGUCCAUUAUGCCAAAUGGUCCGCUCCCGUAUUACUAAGGGUGCUUUCAGAGUGGCGGCGAGAAGCUGAGCUGGGGCUGGUACUGACAUUAGAGUGCGAGAUGCGAGAAACCUGCUUGGGUUCGGGCAAAAUACUGUGAGGUGCGCUCUGGUGCCCCACAGGCUCUGUGCGUGCUUGUUAUUUGUCAUCACUUUGAAUCCCAAUCCUACGUAGUUUUACAUAGGGCUGGGCUUCGAAAUGUUCAACCAACCCCUCACCAUUCACCCCCCUGCACGGGUUACGUCACACCUUGGAUUGGGGUAUAAAUUUCACGUUACGGGUUUUGGGCCCCGCCCGAUGGCAUCCUCUCAUUCCGCUGCUAAAGCAGAAGGCUAAUAGUACCCAGUCGACGCCGGUCUAACAACUAAAUGUCACCAAUAGGACUCACGUGGAGGCAUGAGAUAGGAAACUUGUGAGUACUAUGUUUGCUCACCAUUUGACAGCACAGCUGUUGUAAGUCGCCUCUUACGACAUGGGAACAGAAACCCUGUGGGUCAAUUCACAGCUGAAAUACUGCGAGAGAUUUCAGUUGCGGGAUACCGAAACCAAGAAAGGGCUAGAUAUAAAAUUUAGCAUAGAAAAAAUAAAAUAGGUGAAGGUGCUAUGUUCCAUUAAACUGCACAUCCUCAAAUACUACCAUCAAGCAAACGACGGGAAAUUUAAAAGUAGAUAUCACUUCUAUUUUAAGACACAUAUUCUAGGAAACUAAAAUUGGUACUCGAAAAUAAAUCGCAAACUAAACUCUAGAAAAGGUACUAGUUCCGGCUUUUGAACUUAGAGAAGCAAUACAAUAUAUUAAAAUUGAUGACUAUAACAAGCUAUAACUUAUGAAAAAUCAUCUUAACACUAA